CAAGUAGCAGGGAGUCAAUAUGUGAAAGGAAAGGUUAAGACCAGUUGGCCGCACGGUGGCAGUACGCAAUAGGUUUUAACGGUUUUAACUCUCCGCCCCUGAUCAGCUGUUUGACGCUUUCACGCUGAUAUUCGUUGAUCUACUGGCGGUAAUAUUUGAACAGGUCCAGGUUUGGUUGGCUAUCAACAUACGCGUUUUAAAACUAAGCUUUUCUGAUAUAAAUGUGUUACAUGGAAAAGAAAAAUACCUCAUAAAAUCUCGCUCGAGAGUUUUGGGUCUCCAUGUUUGUAUCACAAUUUCAAUGUGCAUGACGUAUGCCUAAUUCUCCAUUAACGUUACCUUAAUUGUGACAGAUUGCGGCUUUCUCUUUUAUCUCCCUCCAGCAUGGAUGUCGGAGUGACCCCGAGACGGCACAACCCUGUGGACAGCAUCUGCCGCAAGCUGCAGACGAUUCAGCGUCGAGAUCAAGAGGUUAACUCGCCUUUCCAAAUCCCUAAAUUCCAGUCCAAUAGCUACGAUAGCCCUCACUCGGGCCUGCGCCUCAACCUGGAGGCCAUCCUCAAAAAUCGUGGCGUCCGAGCCGACGAAGACCUCGACUCCUCUUCCGGCAUGCUGACCCCCACAGCCUCCCCGGGGCCAGGAUCCAGCUCCCAAACCCCUCACGUCCCUUUCACCCCUGCCAACGCUACUUACACCAGCACGCUGGGUACGUUUGGCACGCUAGGGGAGAGAAAACCAGCAUUCGCAACUUACAGCCGACCAUUUCGCCACAAUUGCUCCACCCCGGCAGCCCAGACUGGGGACCAUUACUUUAAUUUUACCCCACGUUAUUCACAGCAAAUGCAGCUGGAUGGACCCGACACUGAGAUCAAGAUUGGGAAGCUCCAACCUCCUAGCCUGCUAUCAUACAAUCUGAAUUUUUCCUCAGACAUUUCCAACAUGGACAGUGAGUUGCAGUACCCGGCCCUUGUGGUUAAGAGACUUUCAUUGGGUGAAGGAUCUCUGUUUCCCUCUGAACCCAAGAAGGAGAGCAUGGCAGAGGUCAGUCUGAUUUGUGAAGAAGACCUCUUGGAUACCAUUUUUCAGGCCUGUGACACACAAUGCAGAGGCAAAGUUUUUGUAUCGCACAUUGUGGACUUCCUGAGACAGACCACCUGUCGCAGUUCAGAGGACAGCGGUCUUGAGGAGCUCUGCAAUAUGCUGGACCCAGAGCAUAAGGACAUCUCUAUAGACCUGGACACAUAUCAUGCCAUCAUGAAGGAGUGGAUUGAUGACUGCCGUACCCAGGGGAAGGACUCUAAGAUAGAUACCCAUCAGGAGUCAUUCAAACUACGGGACAGUAUAUCCGCGAAGAGAUCUGCUUUUCUGAAUAUGACCUCAGGUAGCUUGGAAGCGUUCGGCGGGGAGGUUUCCAGAGCUGACCUAGAGACGUCCGAUCUGGUCUUCUGUGUGGCAGACCUGCAGCUGAAUAACCAGAAGCUCCAGGAAGAGGUUCGUAAACUGAAACAGGCCGUUGAGAACAUGGAGGACACGAACCAGAAACUCAUAGAAGAAAACGAGGAGCUCAAAGCGCAAGCCAAAAUGGGGCAGCAGUUACUACAGAAGGAGAAGAUGCUUAAUGAAGAGGUUGAAGAGAUGAAGUUGAGCUUGACCUCCUCAGAAGAGUGUCGUGCUCAGGCCUAUGCUCAGAGGAAGCAGAUGGAGCGAGAAAACCAGAGUCUCAUAUCCAAGAUUGCUGCUUUACAAGAGGAGAACAUGAAAAUCACAAUGGAAGCAGAUGAACUCCAGAAAAAGAUGAGUAAUCUCUGCGACCUUAACACCGACCUUCAGGUCCAAAUUCAUUCUUUUGAUGCCAUUCUGUCUGAGAAGGACUCCGUACUUCAGGAGAAAAACAAACAGAUUGAGGAACUGAAAUCAGCCAUUGUGGAGUAUUCCGCAGUCACAGAGCUGCUGAGGGCAGACAAGAAUAAACUGGAGAGUCAGAUGGUGAUGAUGCAGCCUGAUAUGACCAUCCCCGGUCUGUCUCUUUCUGUGGCCUACAGACUUAACCAGACUAGUUCAGGUUCUCUGCAGACAGAGCUGGCACUGGCACAGAAUCCUUUGGAGGGCUUGGAGCAUCUCUCAUCGUCUGUUUGUUUUACGUCGUCCCUGGAUGAGACUUUGGAUCGUGAAGUUCUUCUGCUUCUCCAAGGCCCGUCGCCGGAGCAGAUGUCUCUGGAGUUCAAAUCUCUCAUCAGCAGACUGAAAAGAGAAAUUGAGGAAGAUGGCACGGCCUUCAUCACAGCACUCAGAGGCCUUUCAGAGAGCAGUGAAAGUCAGGAGACCAACACUGACCUCAAGCUGCCGGGUCUGGAGGUGCAGUUUGAGCAGAGGAGGAGCGACUGGACCCGCAGUCUGGACCAGCUGGACCAGUACACUGACUCUCUGGAGAAGGAGCUGCUGAAGAUGGCAAGCAACAUGCGCCGCUCUCGUACCGAAAUCCUGCAUCUGUCAGUUAAGGUGCAAGAGCAGGAGAAUCAAAAGGUUCAGUUGCGAGAGGAACUCGAUCAUCUGAAGACUCCGAUGGACAUCCGAGAGGCCAGCACCCAAACUCCAGAUCACUUACAUCAGGUAGUGGAAGAGCUGGAUGGACCGUCUCUUGAAUGGGAUGAGGAAUAUGUGUUGUCUGAAUCACCUCCCUUGGAACUUUGCUGUGAUGAAGACCAGCUCCAGGUCCUAAAACAAGAGGACCUGACUGAGACCACAGAGGACCAGGAGAAGGUCCAGGAAGUCAGUGGAAGGGCUGAAGGAGAAGCUGAAGCGACACAGGAUUCUGGGGUAGAGACUGAGGAGCUACAAAGACACUCUAGUCUUUCCCAUACUACUUUACCAGAUGAAGAAUCACAAGCAUGUCCAGUUAUGGGUGAGGGAGGAAUGCAGAGGCGUUGCAUGUCUCCAAAGGAGGAAGCCAGACUCCCAGAAUGCACUGGGCCUAAGGACGCCCACGGGCAGACUGCUCCUGUGCCUCACACCCACAUUCAAUGUGCUAAUGACCAGUCAUUGAUCUCUGAGAAUCUGCAGGAACAGGUGACAUCAGUCCAAGACCUGACAUACCCUCCCUCCAUUAUGACUUUCGAUAUGGUAUCUCCCUCCAAUGGUCACCCUGAAGCAGGAGAACCUAUUUUCCUGACGGAAAGGAUCCAGAAACUAGCAACCACCAUCAGCGGACCUGAGGGAGAACCCAUCACAACCAACAUGAGCGACUCGCAGAGGUUAAGCGAGGGGCAGCCUUCUGAAGUGUCUGCGAAAUCAGACAGGAAUGUCUUGUUGCCAUUAGUGGAGGAAGAGGAGGCCAUGCCAGAGGUGGCAGGGGGGAAGUCACCAGACAAAAAUAAGUCAGACAGUAAAGAAACUGUAGGAGCACCUACUUUAAACUCCACGACUUCCCCAUCAAAAGAUCCUUCUGACAAAGCAAAGGAUGUGACCGCCAAGCCAACAGUGAACGGAAGUGAUCUUUCAAAAGUCCCCGCAGCGCCAGACUCCAAAAUAGACCUCCUGGCUUUGAAGAACAAGCUCAAGAAGGAAGUGACCCCCAGUAUGGAUGCUGCUGAGAAGCCAAAAGCUCAAGAGGGCAGUGUGACUGCAGUUGCCACAGAAAAGGGUGAUGCACCAGUUGCGUCGGAGACUGCCACCAACGAUGACAAGAACAGCCAGUCGCAUAAUGACAAAGAGAUUGAGGCGGAGUUCCACCGGCUAUCUCUAGGCUUCAAAUGUGACAUGUUCACCCUGGAAAAGAGGCUCCGGUUGGAGGAGCGUUCCAGAGAUCUGGCCGAGGAGAAUGUCCGUAAGGAAGUUACCAGCUGUCAAGGGCUGCUUCAGGCCCUGAUCCCACGAUGUGAGGAGGACAUCCAGUCAAUGGAGAUCAUUCAACGCUUGCAGAAGAACCUGGAGGUCCUUGUCCAGUCCAUGACCAGAGUGUCUAGCCGUUCAGAGAUGCUCGGGGCCAUUCAUCAGGAGAGCAGGGUGGGUAAAGCCGUGGAGGUGAUGAUUCAGCAUGUGGAGAACCUGAAGAGGAUGCACACCAAGGAGCAUACGGAGCUGUUGGAGCUUAGGGAGAACCUUUCGCCGAACGAGAGGUCAUUUGGGUCCCAAAAUGAAAGGGAGGAUUUUAGAAACAAGAAGUCAACCGCACAACUUUUCAAAGUCACUAGCCGACGCAUUAGUAUAGCUUCCCUUCCCCGUAGUGGUGCCGGACACACUCACUUUGACACGACCAAAGAAACGGCAGAGACAGAGCCAGACAGACUUUCCCGCCGGUCACCAAGGCAUAUGGCAGCAGGCAAGAGGCCACCGCUUAGGCGCUUCAUUAGUUCUGGUACUUGGGCCGACAUUGACGAGCCCGUUCUGAUGAAUAGGUAUGGAAGCGACACAGACUCCCACUCAGAGGAGGAGCGGAAGGAGGAACUACAGGAGAACCGGCGGGCUAGCAUAACGCAACUAAUUGCCUCCUUCAUAAUGCCAGGCCAAACCCCAAGUCCCAGCCCAACAGAACUAGCCCCUCCCACUUUGACGGAGGUGAGACCCGCAGUGACCAGAGGCACCAGGAGCGUUUGGAUAUGGUUGGCUUUGUUUGUAGUACUAGCUACUCUCCUGGCCAUACUGGCGAGCCUGAUGUUACAGCCUAGAGUGGAUGCCGCUCCUGUGGGUACGGGGGACUCCUGGAAGACCAUCCAGCAGAUUCUGUGGCCCUACACGGGGAUGAGGUACAACGGGCAGCCUCCUGUGUGAUGCGGGGGUUCCCAAGGCCACAGCAGAAGGUCUUAGGGAGGAUGCUGUCAUGAUUUGCGUAAGAGACAUUCAGAAAGACCUCAAAUUUUGAGUGCCAGUAGUACUCCCUGUGACAGGAGAAGUGGGUGUCUGAAGAUGGAUGUGCUGGAAUAUUGGACAGCUAGGAGCCUUGUAGAAAUGCUGUGUACACCGUACGUUGUCGUGUUGGCUAUUAGUUGUAUGAGACACUCGGACAAUCAGUGAUGAUUUGCAACAUGAUGAAAUUUGCUGUCUGCCCUCAAAAAACGCUGCCUGAAAGGCGUGCCUUUUUUAAAGACAUUUCCUUCAUUUUUCAAAUUGAUCAGUGUAUUUUUAUGAGCAGUUUGAAAGAGUAUUUAGAUGCUAUUUUAAAAAAUAUUUGUUAACUUAUUAUUUUACAGGUUUACUGCUGUAGAAAUCCAUGUACUUUUUUGAUAUCAUUAACUGUUACAAACACUUUUUAUUCAGUUGAAGCUGUUGGUUUGGUGUUCAAUGUUAGGAAAUCACAUGCUUUUGUAUGUUUCAAAGACGGAGAAAACUUUGCACAAUAAAAGAAACUGAUCUUA